AUGAUGCGUCGGGUUCCUGUCUUGCUCUCCGCAGCAUACCCACCUGAGUGGAUUGCUGCGGCGAAAAAGGAGUUGAAGAACCGUGACCCAUCGACCUUGACCAUUCAUUCUAUCAACGGAUUCGACAUCAAGCCGCUUUACCUCGCCGAUGAUGUCGAGAGUCACCAGGCGCUGCCUGGGUUCUUCCCAUACACCCGUGGCGUCCACUCGACGAUGUAUACUGGCCGACCGUGGACUAUUCGGCAGUACGCUGGCUUCUCCACUGCUGAGGAGUCCAACAAUUUCUACAAGGCCGCCCUCAAGAACGGACAGCAAGGUCUCUCUGUCGCGUUUGAUCUGGCGACGCACCGCGGCUACGACUCUGAUCAUCCGCGCGUGGCCGGUGAUGUUGGUAUGGCUGGUGUUGCGGUGGAUUCAGUUGAGGACAUGAAGCUACUCUUCAACGAUAUUCCGCUGGACAAGGUGAGUGUUUCCAUGACUAUGAAUGGCGCUGUCAUCCCUGUUCUCGCCUUUUUCGCGGUAGCGGCGGAGGAGAGCGGUGUCUCGCAAGAAAAGCUGCGCGGAACCAUUCAGAACGACAUAUUGAAGGAGUUCAUGGUGCGCAACACGUACAUUUUUCCUCCCACUCCUUCAAUGCGCAUCCUUGGUGAUGUUAUGGCCUAUCUGAGCAAGCGUCAGCCGAAGUUCAAUAGUAUUAGUAUCAGUGGCUAUCACAUCCAAGAAGCAGGUGCUCACAAUGCCUUGGAGCUAGCAUUCACCAUCGCCGACGGUCUCGAAUACAUCCGCUGCGCCGAAGAGUGCGGUUUGACGGUGGACGAUGUGGCGCCGCGCUUCUCCUUCUUCUUUGGCAUUGGCAUGAACUUUUACUGCGAGAUUGCGAAACUUCGGGCUGCCAGGAUGCUGUGGGCAACGUACGUGAAGAAGAAGUUCAAUCCCAAGAAUCCUAAAUGUCUGCUUCUGCGAACGCACUCACAGACGUCCGGCUGGUCGCUAACCGAGCAGGACAUGGAAAACAACAUCAUUCGGACGACGAUCGAGGCCAUGGCUGCUGUGAUGGGCGGUGUGCAAAGUCUGCACACAAAUGCCUUCGAUGAGGCAGUGGCACUUCCGUCAGUACAGAGUUCUCGUAUCGCGCGUAACACGCAGAUUAUUAUUCAGGAAGAAACACAGAUUUGCAGCGUUGUUGACCCAUGGGGUGGCUCGUAUAUGAUGGAGGCUCUGACGCAGGAGAUGAUGAAGAGGGCGUCCGCAAUCAUUGAUGAUGUGGAGGCGAAGGGCGGCAUGACCAAAUGCAUCGAGGAAGGCUUCCCCAAGCUGAUGAUAGAGGAGAGCGCCGCGCGGCGGCAGGCGGCCAUUGAUUCUGGCGCAGAGACCAUUGUUGGUGUUAACAAGUACGUCAACCCAGUCGAUAAGGUUCAUGAGACGCUUCGCAUCGAUGACAAAAAGGUACGUGCAGGUCAGGUUGCUGCCUUGGAGAAGCUGAAGGCUACCCGCGACAACGCCAAGGUACAGGAAAUGCUCAAGAAAGUGACGGAAGCUUGUAAGGACGCAAAGAUCAAUAUUCUCGAGGUUGCCAUUGAGGCUGCGCGGGCACGUGCGACGCUUGGCGAGAUUACUUCUGCUAUGGAGGAGGUCUACGACCGUUACGUUCCAAAAAGCCAGGUAGUGCAAGGCGUCUACUACAAUUCCUACCUGAGAGAGAGUAGCAAGGAGGAUCAGAAUCACAUCUCGGCCGUCAAAGCUCGCAUCGACGCCUUCGCUGCGAAGGAAGGCCGUCGGCCGCGUAUUAUGGUGGCCAAAAUAGGUCAGGACGGACACGACCGUGGCGCAAAAGUGGUAGCCACUGGUCUUGCCGACAUGGGCUAUGAUGUAGAUAUUGGCCCGCUCUUCCAGACUCCCGAGGAGGUUGCCCGCCAUGCUGUCGAGAACGAUGUGCACAUCUGCGGCGCUAGCUCACUGGCUGCAGGUCAUCGAACGCUGAUUCCGCAGCUCAUCCAGGAGCUGAAGAAGCUUGGUGCCGACGAUAUCAUCGUCACUGCCGGCGGCGUUAUACCACCUGAUGACUACCAGAGUCUCUAUGACGCCGGGGUAAAACUCAUCUUUGGUCCCGGUACGCCCAUACCGAAGUGUGCUGAACAGAUGAUCGAGGUCCUUGAGGCUUGUCAAAAAUGA